GAUAAGAAAUUUUAUCGAACGAAGGGCGAUAUAAAUGGUUUACAUUCAUCAGUGACAUCACGAGUUCGCGGCGGCUUCUCUUCUGUGAUGACCCUUAGCGGCAUCUUGAUAGAAAACAAUAACAUGCCGACACCCUUUGAGUCAGCCGCGCGGCUUCUUUCAUGUACGCGUAUCUAUAAAAGGAAUGUGCGCAAUGUAUGUUUCGAAUUUAUAUAUGGAAUUAUUUUAGCCGGGAUAUAUUGGUUCUCACGGUGUUGGCGUGAGAAUCCUCAUUCACCUUGCAGAUUUUUUAGAGGAUGGUCAUAGACAUUAUUCGGUGGCAAAUUAAUUUAUUGGACUUUAUUGAGGAAACAUUGUAGUCGGCAACUAUUAUACUUCGAUUCCACAUCGGAUUUACAGAAGGGAACAUUUUAAUACAACUUGGUUCUUCAGAGUAAUUAUAUACGGCGACGGGAUUUUGAAUUGUGUACAUUUGGAGUUCAUAACUGGUUAACUUUAUAUUAGCUACAUAACUUUGUUAAUUGUAUCAUCGCGUCGGGAAUUAUAAUGCCGAAGGCUAAGCAGCAAUCCAGGUGGACAACUGUUGACCGAACUGGGUCCUCACGUCCACGGAGAACUGCAACUGCAACAGCUCCGCCUUCCCAGCCCGUAUCAGAGCCUCUCGUCCAGGCACCGCAGCCGAACCCCGGAGUGGAGCAGCGGGGACCUGGUCCAUCCGCAAGUUGCCAGUCUCGUACAAUCCUGCUCAUAGGCGAUUCCAUGAUCCACUGGUUAGCCGCCUUCGCGCAUCGUAAGGGAAAACAAGGUUUGGGGUCGGCAGCCAACGUCGUUUGGAGAGGAAGGAGGGGCCUUAAGCUAGGUCAACUAAGUGGACAUAUGUCCAAUGGGUGCUGCCCGGUUCCUCUCCGUCGCACAUCGUUCUGCACGUGGGGACGAACGACGUCGGGCAAGCUAAAAAAGACGAAUUGUUCUUGCUUUUGGAUACAACACUCGGACAAUUGCACGAACAUUUCCCCAAUGCCCGCAUCAUUUGGUCGGAUAUUUUGCCUCGCAGGACCUACAGCGGCUUCAGUAAAGACGAGCAGCCCAAAAUUGAUUGGACGCGGCGAGCUCUAAACAAGCACGCCAGGCGCAUAUGCCGCACGAUCGGGGGCAGUGCUUUGACUCACCUGGGCAUCAGGCACGAGCGGCGCGAGCUGUAUAGGAAUGGUGGUAUUCAUCUCUCCGAGACCGGAAAUAAUAUGUUUCUUCAUAGCCUUAUUAAGGGGUUGGAAAACAUGGCAUAGAUUUUCGUGGAGUUUUUUGUUAUUCAAGUCAUAAUGAAACGUAGUAAUCACGUUUGUUUCGGGUAAUUGGUCUAUUUUUAUUUAGCUCAAGCUUUGUAAUUACAAAACUCGUACGUUAUAGCAAAAGAGACUUAUCAGGCUAGUGGUUUUUAUUAAGAUGUUAAGUUGAUUUAUUUAACGUAUAGAUAUAUAUAUAUAUACAGUAUAUGUUUCCCCAUUUUGAUGUUUAAAGGUAGUUAUUAGGUUUCGGGUAAUUGGUUUAUUUAGCUCGAGCUUUAAAAGCAUAAAACUUUUAUGUAACGGGAAAGAGACUUAUUAGGCUAAUGGUUACGAUUAACAUGUUAAGUUUAUUACAUAUAUAUACCCGGAUUUUGAUGCUGUGUAUUUCAGUUAAUGAAAAUUACAAAGCUUUCUCAUGAGCUUGGUCACAGUUGGGACCAUGAACGCGUUUUUCAUUGAAGACUGCUUUUGGUUUUAAAUGAAAGGUAGUUAUCUCGUUAUUUUGAUUAAUUGGUUGAUUUAGCUUAAGCUUUGAAAUUUCAAAACGUGGGUAUUGAACAGAUAUGGUAAUUGGUUGAAUGCAUUAUGUUCAAGUUCAAGUUCGCGUACUUUGUACAUAUAUAUAUAUAUAUAGCCGUUUUGUGGCUUUGUUUUAUUUACCGAUUAUUGCAGAGUGUUUUCAUGAGCUUAGUCACAGUCGUGGCCAUAAAUGUGCUUUUAACUUAUAGUUUUUGGUUGGAAACGAAAGGUACAUGUAGUUAUCACGUUAUUUUGGCUAAUUGGUUGGAUUCAAUAUGUUCACGUUCAAGUUUGUGUACUUAGUUCAUAUAUAUAUAUAGCCGUUCGUGGCUUUGUUUUACUAUACUUACUGUUAUUGCGGAGUGCUUUCAUGAGCAUAGUCACAGUCGAGGUCAUUAAGGUGUUUAAUUUAUUGUUUUUGGUUGAAAACGAAAGGUGGUUAUCACGUUAUUUUGGUUAGUUGGUUGAUUUAGCUCAAGCUUCGAAAUCGCACAACGUUGGUAUUGAAAUGAAAUUAAGGUAAUUGGUUGAAUUCAAUAGGUUCAAGUUCGUGUUCGCGUUUAAAACGCGUAGUGAAACGAAAGUAACCCAUUAGAAUUUAGGGUGAAAUUACUAUGUCAGUUUAUAUGCGUACAUUACGCGAUAA